AUGACAAGCGUUUCUAGCAGCGACGUCCGCAGUAACGUUUCCGGAUCGAUUUCUUCGAAACGUUAUCGUGGUAGCGACACAGGAUCCGGAAUGGACAGUGAAGGAGGCGAGACGUGUGCUGAAAUGCUGCUCUCAUCACGUAAUCAGGAUGAUGAAGAACAGACUGAUGAGAAAAAGCUAUCGCAGUCGCUACCAGAAACUCCUAAGACACCAGCAGACGCCGGAGCUAAAAAGGGUAAAGGAAAAAUGAAGGAGUGUCCGUUGUGUGCCGCCAAACUUCCAUGCAGUUCGUUCCCAAAAUUGAGAGGAUGCCAGCAUCGAAGCUGUAGGACUUGCUUGAGACAUGUAAGGAACUAUUAUCAUGAGUUAAAUAAGUCUUCAAAUAAGAAUCAAAUAAGUUUCAGUAUAUCGAGUUGUCAAUCACGGAGAAUCGGGUCGAAGUUCCAUGUCCAGAGUGUUCCUCAUUUCUUCAUCCAAAUGAUAUCAAAAUGUUUUCAGGAUGGUAGUGGGCGACAUCCCAACAUUGAUGGAGAAGUACGAAGCGUUCAGUCUUCGACGAUACCUAAUGACGGAGGCCGAUGCACGUUGGUAUUCGUCUUCAUUGCCACAAAGUGUGCCGCUUGCCCACAGUUGAAGUGUCAACGUCCGGAGUGUGGAACCCUCUUUUGUUAUCACUGCAAACGAGAAUGGCAUUCAAAUCAGACUUGUGAUGAGGCACGACGUCCAGAGAAACGGAAAAGUAGAGGUCUCGCUUUUGAGGAGAUUAUGAGAAACGGUUUCCACCCAAGUGCUGAUUCUACACUGAAACCCGGUGAUGUAAAAGCGUGUCCUCGCUGUAAAACAUAUAUCGUAAAGAUGGAUGAUGGUUCAUGUAAUCACAUGGUUUGUACAAUGUGCAAUGCGGAAUUCUGCUGGUUGUGCCUUAAAGAGAUCUCGGACCUUCAUUAUCUAAGUCCAACAGGAUGCACCUUUUGGGGAAAGAAACCAUGGACAAGGAAGAAGAAGCUUCUUUGGCAGAUUGGAACCCUCAUCGGCGCCCCACUUGGAAUCGCGCUCAUCGCUGGACUCUCUAUACCAGGAAUCGUGUUUGGUGUACCUGUGUUCGUAGGGCGAAAAGUGCACCAGAGGUUCAAGUACAAGUCAAAAGCUAAAAGACGUCUGCUCACGGCGACAUGCGUUGUGGGAUCGCUUGUCGUUAGUCCGGUGAUGGCGGUGAUGGCAGUAGGAGUCGGUGUCCCAAUCAUGCUGGCCUAUGUAUACGGUGUCGUCCCUCUGUCACUCUGCCGAAAUGGAGGAUGUGGACUGUCGUCCUCGGAUUCAUCUCUCGCUCUGGCAAAUAUCGACGAAGAGCAAUUGUACGGGACACCAGGAGCCAAUGCUCCAGUUGACGUAUCGCAAUUCUUGUCAGAUUCGUCGAAACGAGAGGAAAUUGUGUCCAUCGAUCCGUCUAUUUUGAGCGCAAUCUCAAUGCCACAUGAAAUACGUCCGAGGCACUAUGUGAAUUUGGAUUUAAGAGGACGGCGAACAAGUUUUGAAUCAGUGGAGCGAGUGAACUACGAGGAGGCAAGCGUGAAGGCGAUGGCUGGGUCUCAUCACUAUGACGACAAAAGCGUACACACAGUGUACUCCGGUCACGAAGUCACUUCAUUGAACGAUGAACAGUCGAGCACCAAAGCUCUAGCCGGAUCUGUUAUGGAUACGAAAAGUAUGAGCGAGAGUAUGUACAGACACUUGAUUGUAACCAAAAUUGCCGAGAAGCAACACCAACAAGAUACCGAUGAUUAUCAUGAAGAGCCAGGUUGUAGUAGCGAAGAUCAACCCUCCACGUCGUCUGUUGUUCAUCCAGUCCGUAGCUCAAAACCAUCGACGUCCUCUCAACAUCGUGGAUUCUUGUUGGAGCGCGACGAAGAAGGACUUCUUUUCACCGAAGAAGGGGCCGCUCUCCUAAUCAACUCUUCGCCAGCUAUGCGUAGUUCGGGAAGUGUGAACGUUGAUCCAAUCGAUCUGUUCAAAAUACGAAGUUGGCUGGAUAAUAUGAAGCAGAUGGUUGCUACGGAUGCUCCUCAGGAGAAACCAUAUGAAGAGAAUUUGACAGCCGAGAUCCAGACUACUGAAAAUGAGCGCGACGAAGAAGGACUUCUUUUCACCGAAGAAGGGGCCGCUCUCCUAAUCAACUCUUCGCCAGCUAUGCGUAGUUCGGGAAGUGUGAACGUUGAUCCAAUCGAUCUGUUCAAAAUACGAAGUUGGCUGGAUAAUAUGAAGCAGAUGGUUGCUACGGAUGCUCCUCAGGAGAAACCAUAUGAACCAUCCACUCGCCCGGGUAGCAAGCUUCGAAGAUCUGGAAGUGGAAAAAGUGUGCACACUGUUGCCACAUUCCCUGCCACUCUUGGAACAGGAAUGAGCCCUGCUGCUCAGAUGCUCUCUGAUUUGCCAAUGCCCACGUAUGAGGAUAUACACGGCGUGCCCUCAUCAACAUCAGGAGUGACGGUCACAGCUUCCCGUAACAAUACGGAGACUGGAAUCACGACAGAAAAUACGACAGACGAUAACGUUUCGACGAGUUCUUCAUCCGGAAGUCAGAAGAAAAAGAAGAGACGUUUCGGAAUCUUUAGUAACUGGUUCAGCAAAAAAUAA